CCCUGAGCCUCCGAGUAAGCGAGUGGGUGUGGGUGAGUGAACUUUACAGAGACCCUCCUGAACCAGUUUAGCGGCUUGUACCAGCUCACUAACACCGUGUUCACACCCCGAGGGAGUGCGUGUGUGCGCAGCCUCACCAGCAGGGUAAACGGGUGACAUGGCUGCAGUAUUUACACGACAACCUUAAAACGACAGGUUACCGGAAGCGCCAUGUACUCGCAGCAAGAUGUCAAGAGCUCCUGCCUCAAGACCAGACCAGACCGUGAAGCUCCUGUCUGCUGCUUUUUAUGCCGCCAGCUCCUUCCUCAUCAUCGUGGUCAACAAGACGGUUUUAACCAACUACCGAUUUCCCUCGUUCAUGUUCCUUGCAGUUGGACAGAUGGCUUUCACCAUCAUCAUUCUUUACUCAGCCAAAGUCUGCAAAGCGGUCAGUUUUCAGGAUUUUGACAAAAGCUUACCAAGAAAGAUUUUUCCUUUGCCAUUACUCUAUGUUGGAAAUCAUGUAACAGGACUGGGAAGCACAAAGAAAUUAAGCUUGCCGAUGUUCACUGUGCUAAGAAAAUUCACUAUUCUACUGACAAUGAUUAUGGAGUCAAAAAUAUUGAGGACAACGUUUUCACCUCAGCUGGUGUGCAGUGUGUUAGCCAUUGUGUUUGGGGCACUGGUCGCCGCGAGUUCUGACCUGGCAUUUGAUGCAGAAGGAUACACUUUUGUUCUACUCAACGAUGUCUUCACAGCUGCCAAUGGCGUUUACACAAAGAAGAAACUGGGGGUUGAGGGCCUUGGCAAGUAUGGGAUUUUGUUCUACAACGCAUUCAUCAUCAUUAUACCCACUGCUUUGGUGAGUGCCUACACAGGAGAUUUAGAAAAGGUCAUCGCCUUUAAAGGGUGGAUGUCCCUGAGUUUCAAUUUGUAUUUUCUGCUCUCUUGUGCCAUGGGGUUCGUUUUGAUGUACUCUAUCGUUCUGUGCAGCUAUUACAACAGUGCCUUAACCACUACAGUCAUUGGAGCAGUUAAGAAUGUGGCUGUCGCCUACAUUGGCAUGUUCAUCGGAGGAGACUAUGUCUUCUCGUGGGCAAACUUUGUAGGACUAAAUAUAUGUAUCACUGGUGGCUUGGUGUACUCAUACCUGACCUUCCAAAGUACCUCUUCUGCACAAACCACAAACCAAGAAGAGGACAAACUGAGAGUUCCUGUGGUAGAGGAGCUGCAGGACAGAGCUGAGAAAAGACCACUCACUGCAGUCUGAAAUGUAGACUGUAACCCAUAAAGCUGCCGUCCGGUGUUUGUGUUUACAUUAAACACUAAUCAUUAUAGACUAAUGUAUUGAUGACAGACAGUGUGCAGUCCAUAUGUACCUGGACUAUCUAUAGAUUUGAACUCUGACUAAGAAGUUAAAGUGCUGACUAUCAGCAUCAGUUCAGUUUAUGUGCAGCUUUAAUGUACUGUAUGUCUCUACUGGCUGUAUGAAAUGGAGAUUAUAGCUGUUUUUAUACCUAGUCCCGCUGUUUUAGGGGCUGUAAUUGGACGGUUGGUUGUUCAUCUGUUUCUAGAUGACAUCUGCAGUCUCUUGCUUUUCUCUUGACACCAAUGAAGCAUCAAAGCCAGUAAAGCCAUCAUGAAGCUAACUAAAUCAACCAAGACAGCCAAAAUAUUAGGCAUCACAAUCAGUGAGCACCAUCGUAAGCCAGUAUGUAAAACACUUACCACAAUAUACAAACCAGUUAGCAAGAGCCUGAAAGGUUGUUGACGAAACUGACUCACUGUUUCUUUUCUGACUUGUAUAGAAUAGUCUACUCAGAUACAAUUCCCCAAAUCUCAUGGGAUGGCCCCUCACCUUACAGCAUGAGUCACCCCAAAUGGAGUUGUAUGCACAGGUUUGGGCAUCCCUGCUUUUGAUGUGACAAAAGGAACGUACUCACCGGCCACUUUAUUAGGUACACCUUGCUAGUAAAAGGCUGGACCCCCUUUUGCCUUCAGAACUGCCUUAAUUCUUCAUGGCACACUUUCAACAAGGUGUUGGAAACGUUCC